GUGUGUGUGCGUGUGUGUGCGUGUGUGUGUGUGUGUGUGUUCAGAAACGAGUGAAAGAUCAGCCAGACCAGCCUGUGUGUGAGCUCUAUGAGCUGCAGCCGUGUGUCUGUGGUAUGGAACCUGAAAGCACCCCAACGCAAGAGGCUACUUCUGGCCCUGCCCCCGCGGGCCUGAGAUACCGUGUGGAGCGGGAUGUGUACAGCGAGGCCCAGUUGGACUCAGAGGUUCUGCACAGACGGGAACACGCCCCCAAGAGCCUCUGCCAGAGAGUCAACAAGCAUGUGCGGUGUUCCCCCGAGCGACUGAAGGCUGCUGUGCAGAGUCUGUUGCCCAUAGUGACAUGGUUGCCAGCGUACCCUGUGAAGGACUACCUGUUUGGAGACCUGGUGUCUGGACUCAGCACAGGGGUUAUGCAACUCCCACAGGGAACCUUCGCUGUGAUUAGUCUGAUGAUUGGGGGCGUGGCCGUGAGGGAAGCCCCAGACUCCAUGUUCUAUGUUCCGGGCAACGGAACCAACUCAACAGUUCUAGAUGUGGAUGCAAGAGAUGCCAGAAGGGUCCAGCUGGCAGUGGCACUCACUACUUUAGUAGGGCUCAUCCAGCUGUUGCUGGGGGUUCUGCGGUUCGGCUUCGUGGCGAUCUACCUGACGGAACCUCUGGUGCGCGGCUUCACCACCGCGGCUGCCGUGCACGUGUUCAUAUCACAGCUCAAAUACCUACUGGGCAUCAGGACACAGAGAUACAGUGGACCGCUGUCUGUACUGUGGAGUUUGGGGGCGGUGCUUCAGAACAUCACCAGCACCAACCUGAGCACGCUGUUGGUGGGAGGAGUCUGUAUGGUCUUCCUCUACGGGGUCAAAGAGGUCAACGUGCGCUUCAAGAAGAAGCUGCCUGUACCCAUCCCUGGAGAAAUCAUUGUGGUGAUCAUGUCUACGGGAAUCUCUUAUGGAAUGAGCCUGUUUCAAAACUACCAGGUGGCUGUGGUAGGCAAGAUUCCCACAGGGCUCCUCCCCCCUGCCCUGCCUGACCACACCCUCUUCUCCAAGGUGGCAACCGACUCCGUUGCCAUAGCGAUCGUGAGCUUCUCCAUGGGAAUAUCGCUGGCCAAGAUCUUUGCCAUGAAGCACGGGUACAGCGUGGAUGGCAACCAGAUUGCUGGGCUGCUGUCGUCUUUGAUUGUGCUCUUGGUUGUCGUGGCGAUUGGCUACGUUUUUGAGCCUCUUCCCCAGACAGUUCUGGCUGCCAUCAUUAUGGUGAAUCUGCAAGGAAUGUUUAAGCAGCUCAGAGACAUUCCCACACUCUGGAGGACCAGUCGCAUAGAGUUUGCUAUCUGGAUCGUGGCCUUUGUAGCGUCGGUGCUGCUGGGACUGGACUAUGGGCUUGUGGUGUCCAUCAGCUUCGCCAUCCUCACAGUCAUCUACCGCACACAGAACCCCAAGAGUAUGAUCCUUGGACAGGUCCCAGGCUCAGACCUUUACUAUGAUGUAGAUAAAUAUGAGGAGUGUGCGGAGAUCUCAGGGAUUAAAAUCUUCCAUAUGAACACCUCUAUCUACUUUGCCAACUGUGAGCUCUACGUGAGUGCCCUCAAGCAGAAGACGGGUGUGGACCCCACUGUCCUGCUGCACGUCCGUAAGUGUCGAGAGAAGAAGUUGAGGAAGACCCAGGAGACGCCACCAGAGAGGAAGAGCAUCGUCGUCAAACUGGAUGUGGAUAAGGGCGUGUCCCAUGAGAUAGUGUGCGGGGCUGGCGUCCCAUUGGCUGUCCAGGCUAACGGACAGGUGAGUGAGAGCUAUACGGACGCGGUUGCCGAGGAAACGGACGUGCUGACCGCCUUCCUGGAGCGCGAGGAGGCGGAGCAAGUGUACGCCAUCGUACUGGACUUCUCACCCGUCAACUUCAUCGACUCAGUAGGAGCCAAAGCCAUCAAGUCUGUGGUCAAGGAGUUUGCUGCGGUGGACGUGAGUGUGGUCAUCGCUGGCUGCAGCCGUACGGUGCUGUCUCAGCUCCGGUCGCUCCGGUUCUUCGGGGAGGUUGUGACCUCUGACCUCGUGUUCCCCACCAUCCACGACGCCGUGUUGCACUGCCGCUGCCGCUCGCUGCUGCUGGGCCAAUGAGAUCGCGGGGGCACGCCCACACGCUCCUGCUGGGCCAAUGAGAUCGCGGGAGCACGCCUGACAGACAGGACUGGGAGUCAGCAGGACUGAGGCGAUUGGUGGAGAGCUGGAGGGGGAGGGGCUGCGGAAAGCGAGCCGACGCCCCUUCCUCUGACAUUCCAGAAGCGCACAGCACUUUGUGGUUGUCAGCUCCAGCCUGACUGGCCAGGCAGAGGGAAGCCAUGACACAGGACGAGACUCUGUGUGUGUGUGUGUGUGUGUGUGUGUGUGUGUGUGUGUGUGUUUUUUUAAUCAUACUGAUUGCUCUAGACUCUGCAGUGUAGGUUUCCAGGGUGUAGUAUUUCCUGAGGACCACCAGGGGGGCGGGCGGGCAGACCUGUGGCCCUCAGCUCACCUGCUGUCUGUACCGGCAGCUCCCACUAGGGGGCGCACUGCUUGGCCAUUUCUAUGACCGCUCUUGGGCCAGGUCCUCCUCUAUCAUGUGCUCUCUCUCUCUCUCUGUGUUCUUCUCUCAGACACUGUACUGCCAUUAUUAAAUGGCCAUUGUCACUGUGCCUGGAUGAGAUUUGAUUCUGCUGCUGUAUGUAUGUGUGUGUGAAGGUGAUUUGACAGGGUGGUAUACAAAAUGCUGUUAUUCAGCAUCACCAGCUGUGUGUGUGUGUGUGUGUGUUUGUGUGUGCAUGCACGACUACACAAAGUGGGACAAGCAUCCAAUUGAAGCCCUACAUGCAGAAUUCUGCCAAUCAAUUCAAUCAAAAACACCCAACAAUGCAUGUAGGGCAGAAUUAGGUCGUUUACCAUUGGCAUUACCUAUUCAGAAAAGAUCCUUAAAAUUCUGGAUGCACCUGAACAGCAGUCCUAAGAACUCACUCCAUUUUGAGCCAUUAAAAACCCAGGAGAUGAACCCUGAAAAGUGUCCUCUGAGCCAGCUGGUACUGAAGUUAACUAACUCAAUAACAACAAUUAAUAAACAUCAAGCUCAGUCCAGCGCUGCUUCCCAAACACCAAUUAGAGUCAACAAAAUAAUGAAUCAAGCAAAAGAAGAUUAUUUAGAGCAUUGGACAAACCAAACUACCAACCAAAGUAGAAUGAAUUCCUAUCUGAUCCUUAAAAGAGAAUAUGAAUUGGCAGAGUAUCUCAGCUCUGUUAGAAAUACGAAGCAGAGGCAUAUCCUGACCAAGUACAGGCUCAUUGACCCCAACCUAGCAAUAGAAACAGGCAGACACAGAGUGAUCGGGAUGCCGUUGCGGUGAUGGAAACAGGAGACAGUUGUGAUGUUUCUCAAGAAUAGCCAGGUUUCAUUUCCACCUCAUAAGCUGAGCAUGCAUUACCAGUAUGAAGAAAUCGGAAAAAGAAAAGAAAAACCAAAACUCCAAACAAUCAUCUCAAAUCAAUCACUAAACUUCAAAAACUAUAUCAAAAUGAACUUUGACAACCCUUUUCAAUUAUAGGGCAAACUGCUGCAAAUCACAAAACGAGUGUUAGGCCUAUAAGCAGGGACAAUCACUUGCUCACCUCAGACCAUUCUACCUCCUUCUGCUCUCAACAAUAUUCCCUCCAGAGAAUUUAACUCUGCCGACUAAACCAAUGCACAAUCAAUCAACUAACAAAAUGCAUCUUCUCUAUAUAAAUAUCCAAUAAUACAUUACAUACCAUAAAACCCACUGUUUCAUAACAAGGCAAUCCUAUUGUAUCAUUUCAUAACCUUAAACACAUCAUAGAUAACCAGAACAUCCCAAACACCCCUCUUGUCCUGCACACUUGACCUCUGCUAGUGCAGUACGUCACACUCCACGAACUUAUAAUGUUCCUUGCGACUUUCCGUCGGGUCUUUACUCAGUCCCCAGACCAGGAAGCGCUAUUGUCCGACACAAUGGAAAGUUUGCUGAAUGUCCGUGUUCCCUCAACCUUCUGUUGGCCACCCUGAAAGUAAGGCUGAUAAUUAAUAUUGUCCCGUACGCGUUUGUGUUUUGCCGUUGCAACCAUGCUGGAUGCCGUUCGUGUUCGUGUGUGCAAAUAAAGAGUGUUUGUAAA